AUGGUCGUAGAAGCACACCAUCACAGAUCAACCCUCAAGCAGAAAAACAAACCCUUCAAAUCCCAUCAUGCCACUAAAUCUGCUCUCAAGGAUAUCGCAAAAGGUCGCACUGCUCGCCAAAGCACAAAAUCAUCGGCAGUAAGCACUGUCGCACAGGCUCGCCUCAAUAGGCGCAAUACCCAAAAGCAAGCUCAGGCCACUAAACGCGCGUCCCUCAUCUCUGCCACCCGCAUCUUCAACGGCACUGACGGCGCCCCACGCAUCGUCGCUAUCAUCCCACUUUCCGAGGACAUCGAUACCCGAGCAUGCAUCCAAGCUCUCGGAAAAUGCGUAGAUGAAGAGAUAUACGGGAUCAGCGAAAACAAAAACAUAUGGGCUAUGAAAGCAUCCAGAUUCAAAACAUCCCUCCAAUUCCUACCCGUGCCCUUCGCUUGUCCAUUCGCUGCUCUAGAUGCAGCUCGCGCCGCAGACUACACGCUCCUCCUGCUCUCCCCGACUAUCGAAGUUACUCCCGCAGGUGACACCCUCCUCCGCAUGCUCCAAGCACAAGGCCUUCCUACAGCCAUCGCAGCCAUUCCCCCAACGACCACUGAAAACCUCGACGCCAAGGCCAGGCCAGCAGUACUCAAAAGCCUCCUCUCCUUUAUACAAUACUUUGAUCCCGCUCAGCGCCGUGUCUUCGAUCUCAGUGCACCAGCGGACUCACUUAACACCUUGCGAGCCCUCGCAGAGGGUUGUCCUGGCGAGGUCAAGUGGCGCGCAGGGCGGCCGUGGCUGGUAGGUGAGAGUGUAGAACGAGAAGAGGGCGGGGUGUUGAAGGUGACGGGUGUCGUUCGUGGGGGAAGACUUAGCCCUGAUCGGCUCGUGCAUAUUCCUAACCAUGGAGAUUAUUUAGUUUCGAAGAUCAUGUCUGCUCCACUCCCUCACAUAAAGCAUGCCAGGCCUGGUGGUAUGGAUGUGGAAGCUGGGCCUGUGCUCCUUGCUGAACGCGUCCCAUCCUCUGCUGACUCCCUGACUGAUAUGGCGAACGAACAAACAUGGCCGACGGAGGAGGAGAUGGCGGGUGCGCUGCAAGGCACCGGGGAGGGCGAGGUACCAGAUGCAAAGAAGGGCACGACGCCGAAGCGCAUCAGGCGUAUUCCUAAGGGUAUGACUGAGUAUCAAGCUUCGUGGAUCGUGGAUGAAAGCGAGAACGAAAACCAGGAUGAGGAACGUGAAGAACAGGACGAGGAGGGAGGGCAGAUGGAUGAGGACGAGGAGAUGGUACUCGACGAUGCGCUAGACAUGGAAAGCGAGCGCAAAAGUGUUGUCGCGUUCCAAGACUUCAACCUGGAAGAAGAACAAAAGCAACUUAUAUCAUGGAGAAAGCGCGCCCAGGAAGAACAAGACGCCCAAGCUUUUCCAGAUGAAGUUGACACCCCACAAGACAUCACUGCACGUACACGGUUCGCGCGGUUCCGUGGGCUUCGAUCCCUCCGCACGAGUCCGUGGGACCCGUAUGAGAACCUGCCUGGCGAGUACGCGCGGAUAUUCGAGUUCGAAGACUUCAAGCGUACCGAGAGGGACAUGUGGCGCGAGUUGGAGGAUAAUGGUGUUCAGCCCGGCGCGCGUGUAACAAUCUUUAUUGAGGGUGUCCCGCACGAAGCCAGCGUACCUUCCGAAUCGCCGUUUGUCCUAUAUGGAUUAUUGAAACACGAGCACAAGAAGACAGUCCUACACUUCACCGUGCAGCGGAAUACAGAGUGUGAAGGUUCUGUUAGAUCAAAGGACCCCCUGAUUCUGUGUUACGGACCCCGUAGGCUGCGCGUCAACCCUGUGUACUCACAACACACUCGCGGCGGCGGAAAGGGCGCGAACAACGUCCACAAAUUCGAGAGGUUUUUAUGGCAUGGCACCACGACUGUCAUGAGCGUCUACGCACCGAUUACGUUCGGAAAGCAGCCGUGCAUGCUCCUACGUGAGACAGAAAAUCCACAGACACCGGAGCUCGUGGCGAUGGGCACGUUCAUGAGCCCUGAUACAGCACGCAUCAUCGCGAAGCGAAUCAUCCUCACGGGCCACCCGUUCAAAGUGCACAAAAAAACCGCUACGGUGCGGUACAUGUUCUUCAACCCAGACGACAUCCAGUAUUUCAAGCCUAUUCAGCUGUUCACAAAACACGGGCGGACGGGACAUAUCCGGGAGUCCCUCGGGACGCAUGGGUAUUUCAAGGCGCAUUUCGAUGGGCCCGUCAACCAGAUGGAUACGGUGUGUAUGUCGUUGUAUAAGCGCGUGUACCCGCGGUGGAGCGAGAAUUGGACAACGCUUGGUACGAGCAGCGGGAGGGGUGAUGAGAUGGAGGAGUAA